AUGAAGCUGAUCUUUUCUCUGACUCUCCUCUGGACCAUCUCCAGCACAGCUGAAGCUCUUCAGUGUCAAACCUGCGCAGAUCAGAUAUGUUCAAGGACAGUAUCCCAAACAUGUUCCUCAGAGACGAUGUGUAUAACAGCCUCCAUUCAAGCAACUUCAUCUGGAACUACAUUCCUGCAAAUCUUCAAAGCAUGUGCUCCGUCCUCCCAGUGUCCAGCCACAGGACCUCAGACAUUUUCAGUCAACUUGGGUGGUUCAAGUGCACUUGCAUCUGCUACGUGCUGCAACACAGAUAACUGUAACUCAGAAACUCUACCUUGUCCUACUACUCCGGCAGAUAACAGCCUCCAGUGUAAUUCUUGUACAACCUCUGAAUGCACGACACCAUUACAGUGUAAGGGGACGGAGGAUAGAUGCUUUCAGGCAACAUUUCCACCAACCACAACAACAACUGCUGCACCAACCACAACAACACCUUCUCCACCAACUACAACAACAACCGCUCCACCAACAACAACAACAACUGCUGCACCAACUACAACAACAACUGCUGAUCCAACCACAACAACACCUUCUCCACCACCAACAACAACAACAACAACCGCUCCACCAACAACAACAACAACUGCUGCACCAACCACAACAACAACUGCUGCACCAACCACAACAACAACUGCUGCACCAACCACAACCACAACUGCUCCACCAACCACAACAACUGCUGCACCAACUACAACAACAACUGCUGCACCAACCACAACCACAACUGCUCCACCAACCACAACAACUGCUGCACCAACUACAACAACUGCUGCACCAACCACGACCACAACUGCUGCACCAACCACAACCACAACUGCACCAACUACAACCACAACUGCUGCACCAACCACAACAACAACUGCUGCACCAACUACAACUACAACAUCAACUGUUCCACCAACCACAACAACUACAGCUGCACCAACCACAACAGCAACAACAACUGCUCCACCAACUACAACAACAACUGCUCCACCAACCACAACAACUGCUGCACCAACUACAACAACAACUGCUCCACCAACCACAACAACAACUGCUGCACCAACCACAACCACAACUGCUCCACCAACCACAACCACAACUGCUCCACCAACCACAACAACUGCUGCACCAACUACAACAACAACUGCUCCACCAACUACAACAACAACUGCUCCACCAACCACAACAACUGCUGCACCAACUACAACAACAACUGCUCCACCAACCACAACAACUGCUGCACCAACCACGACCACAACUGCACCAACUACAACCACAACUGCUGCACCAACCACAACAACAACUGCUGCACCAACUACAACUACAACAUCAACUGUUCCACCAACCACAACAACUACAGCUGCACCAACCACAACAACAACAUCAACUGUUCCACCAACCACAACUACAACAUCAACUGUUCCACCAACCACAACAACUGCUGCACCAACCACAACAACAACUGCUGCACCAACACAAACUACAACAUCAACUGUUCCACCAACUACAACAACCACAACUGCACCAACUACAACCACAACUGCUGCACCAACCACAACAACAACCGCUGCACCAACUACAACAACAACUGCUCCACCAACUACAACAACAACUGCUCCACCAACCACAACAACUGCUGCACCAACUACAACAACAACUGUUCCACCAACCACAACAACUGCUGCACCAACCACGACCACAACUGCACCAACCACAACAACUACAGCUUCACCAACGACAACCACAAGUACAACUACUACAACAACUGCUGCACCAACCACAACAACAACUGCUGCACCAACCACAACAACAACUGCUGCACCAACCACAACCACAACUGCUCCACCAACCACAACAACUGCUGCACCAACUACAACAAUAACUGCUGCACCAACCACAACCACAACUGCUCCACCAACCACAACAACUGCUGCACCAACUACAACAACUGCUCCACCAACCACAACAACUGCUGCACCAACCACGACCACCACUGCACCAACUACAACCACAACUGCUGCACCAACCACAACAACAACUGCUGCACCAACUACAACUACAACUGCUGCACCAACCAGAACUACAACAUCAACUGUUCCACCAACCACAACAACUACAGCUGCACCAACCACAACAACAACUGCUGCACCAACCACAACAACACCUUCUCCACCAACUACAACAACAACAACGUCAACCUCUCUACUAACAACAACCACAACUGCUGCACCAACUACAAUAACAACUGCUGCACCAACUACAACAACUGCUCCACCAACCACAACAACAACCGCUGAACCAACCACAACUACAAUCACAACUGCUGCACCAACCACAACCACAGCAACUACAGCUGAACCAACAACAACCACAACCACAACUGCUGCACCAACCACAACUACAACAUCAACUGUUCCACCAACCACAACAACUACAGCUGCACCAACCACAACCACAACUGUUCCACCAACCACAACUACAACAUCAACUGUUCCACCAACUACAACAACCACAACUGCACCAACUACAACCACAACUGCUGCACCAACCACAACAACAACUGCUGCACCAACCACAACCACAACUGCUCCAACAACCACAACCACAACUGCUCCAACAACCACAACAACCGCUGCACCAACUACAACAACAACUGCUCCACCAACUACAACAACAACUGCU